GUAAGGUACAUAACCUCACAAUCAUAAUAAUAACAAAAGCGACGCGACGUAUUUUUAUAAUGAAAACCCGCGUUUUCUCACAUUUUGUGGUCAGAUUUAUCAGUACAAUAUGUGAUGUGUAAGUGGUAGCUAAAAAAAUUUCGAUAAUUCAAAAUAAUGGGUGACAUUAGAGCUGGCCUAGACGAGCUAAAACUUGAUCCAGUCUUGUUUGCCAACGUCAAAUACUACGUUAGCGGUGAAGCAGACCCCAAGAUAUUAAGUUUAUUGCAAGAAGGGGGAGCGGAACGAUCUAAUUAUUUCAGUGAUUUUGUAACUCAUCUUAUCGCGGGCCAUGAGGCAUUGGAAAGUGAUAUCUCUGAAGCUAAGGAUCUUUAUGAGAUACCAGCUGUUACGCAGGACUGGAUUCUGUACUCUGUCAAGUGCAAAAAACUACUCCUACCGCAAUAUUUUUCUCCGGAAGAGAACCAACUAUUCUCCAAUGUAAGAGCAUGUGUUUCCCAAGUAAGCCGUGCAGACAGCAGGUCCAUCUGGGCUAUGAUAACGCUUCAAGGUGGCAAAUGUCAGCUACGAUUAGAUCGCCACUGUACGCAUUUAGUGAUUGGUAAAGCUGAUGGCGCUAAGUACGAAGCAGCUACAAGACACCGCAUUAAAAUUGUCACGCCAGAUUGGGUAACGGACUGUUGUCGAAAUAGAAGUCGCAUUGGUGAAAUUGAAUAUCAUCCUAGACUAUUAGUAUAUCCAUCACCAAAUAGUUCGACUGCUCUUAUUACUGGCUUUAUGGAUGAAGAUUGUGAGCUGAAUGCGGUUCAACAGGAACAGGACAGAACAAAGGCAAUGUUGGAAAAACUGAAACAACGGAUGCCUUGGAAUCAGCCUAAUACGUCAAUUACCUCAACAGCUGCACAAAAUUAUAAUGCUGUACGAACUUCUGUGCAACAGGUUGGUAUACAAGGGCCCAACACCAUUAGUGCAGCUAACAUGCAGCAGCAGUUCUCACGGACAACAACUCAGAGUAGUUUACCACACGUUACGAAUGUCUCGUCAGGUAAUGUGCCAAAUACUUCCACUUCGGCAUCUUGGCACCCGCAAACAUCGCAAAUGAAUAAUGUUCAAAUGAAAAAUGUCCUGCAACAACAACAACAACAACACCAGCAGCAGCAACAACACGAAGCGCCACAUCCACAAAUUAAUAUUCAGCAACAUCAAUUGAUACAUCAACAGCAGCAGCAACAGUUAUCUCAACAGCAGUUGCUGAGUCAACAACACCUCAAUCUGCAACAGCAACAGUUAAAUCAACAACAACAUUUAGCAGCGCAGCAGCAACAGAUCAACCAACAACACCAACAACAACUGGAACAGCAGCAACUGACUACCCAAAAACAACAACAAAUGGUUCAACAUCAGCUACCAUCUCAGGCACAGCAAUUAUUAACAUCACAACACAAACAACAAAUAAAUCAACACCAGUUAAUUUCACAACAGCAACAGCAGCAGCAACAACAACAACAACAACAACAACAACAACAACAACAACAGCAGCAGCAGCAGCAGCAGCAGCAACAGCAACAACAACAACAACAACAACAACAACAACAACAACAACAACAACAACAACAACAACAACAACAACAACAACUUGGCCAGCCUAGACAGUUGACUUCACAACACCAAUUGGGUUCGCAGCAACAACAUAUAAACACACAACAGCAACAACAGUUACAAUUAUCUUCUCAACAACAACAGCUGGCUCUUCAACAGCAACAACAACAAUUGGCGCCACCACAACAAUUAGGGCAGCCACCACCAUCAACUCCGCAGCAACAACCGCUCACUAACGAGCAGCGUCAACAGUUGCUCUUGCUGCAGCAACAACAACAGCAACAACAGAAAAUACAACAAAUUUCUCAACAGCUUCAACAGUCAGCCCCUCAAAGUACGCAACAAUUUGUGAUUAGAGACGGACAGUUACAACAGCAAAGUGCAUCUCAACAACAAUUGAUAUCACAAAAUCAACAGGGUCUUAUCGUUCAGCGAGAUCCUCAAUGGCAACAACAACAGUAUCAUUUACAAUUGCAAAGGCAACAGCAACAGCAACAAAUUGGCCAACAGCAAAGGCCUGGAGGUCAGUGGACCCAGCAGCCGCAACAUCCCCCAAGACAACUAAUACAACUUGAUGCGCAAACUCAUCAACAUUUGCAACAAAUGGACCCGACGCAGAGAGCACAAUUUAUUCAGAAAAUACAGAAACAGCGGAAUUUGAUAUUGCAGAGACAAAUGCAAAAUAGACAAGCGCAGCAAGGGCCUCACAUAGCAGUUAUCAGGAGUCCUGGAAAACCAGGUCAGCCAGGAGGAUUGCAAUGGGUUCAGCAACAACAUAGAGCUCAGUUGAUGGGACCUCAAGUAGGACCAGCUCCAGGACAAAAACCAAUGAUACCAGGUGCUCAGCCUCCGGCACUCACACCAAUAAACUCAUCAAAUCCAGUUAUAGUACAAGCAGCCCAAUCUGUCCCAGGUGGCCAAACUACACAACCUGGUCAGGUGUUUCAGCAGGGCCAACCUCUGACACAGCAACAGCUGACUCAAUUGCACGUGCAGAAACAACAACAAAUAGCAAGAUUACAACAAUUGCAACACUUACAGCAGCAGCAGCAGCAGCAGCAGCAGCAGCAGCAACAGCAACAGCAGCAAGGGCCACAACAAGAACCUCCGUUAACGCCGUUGUCAGGAAAUUCGCAAAUACCACCUGAUCAACAGUUGGUUGUCAAUGCUAAAACAAAAACGGCACUUGCCAACAUGCUUACAAGUAGACUUCAAGGCGGUGCUACUGAAGGUAGUGCUGCUGGUCAACUUCGGUUGAUGACUGCUCAGCAUAGACCACCUCCGCCACCUUCGCAGGACCCUCAGUUGCUAGCCGCUUAUCAAAGAAGAACACUCGGAAACAUUACAAACGGUGCGCCGCCAGGUGCACCUGUAAAAAUGCCAUAUGCAGUUGCUAUUCCGCCACCACGAGCGCAGUUUUACGGACACAAUCCAAACUUGAAAUUACCACCAGACUUGUUUCUUCUUGGUUGCAUUUUUGUAAUCGUUGAAUACGAUACUCAACAGCCAGAUGAGGUUCUAAAUUGGAAGCAAGUAAUUGAGCGACACGGGGGGGAAGUCGAAACGCAGUAUUGCCCUCGUGUAACUCAUAUCUUAGCCAUGACACAAAAACACCCGAUAGUGAACCAAGCUCUGCGAGAAGUUAAGCGCUGUGUCAGUGCACAUUGGCUGUCCGAUGUUAUUGGAAAACAGCAAGUUUUACCACCUUGGCAUGCACUGCAUUUUCCCACCCCAUUCGGCUUGCAAGAGUUGCCUUGCACCAAACACAUUGUGUCUUACUCUGGAUUUGAGGGAGAAGAAAGAGCUAAGGUUAAAUUUAUGCUAGAAGCAUUAGGAGCAAAACAUACUAGUUACUUCUCUAAACACAAUACGCUGCUCAUCUGUAGAAGACCCGAUGGACCAAAAUACAAAAAAGCCAGAGAAUGGCAGACUGGAGUAGUUAAUGCACAGUGGAUGACUGAUUUGUUGUGUGGUCAAACCAGCGCGCUUCAUCAACCUGAAGCCACAAAAUACCAGCAAUUCAUCCUGGGCAAUCCAUUCCGACUGGAUUAUUCCUUAGUGCCUCAUCUAAUGGGUGCUUGGAAAAUGCCAAUCAACAUAACACAAGAAUCUUAUGACAAAGUCAAACAAGUUGGUCAAGGUCCUAAUGCAAUGAGGAAAAACAAAAAGCCCCGAUUAGAUGGGCCGUUACUAAAUAAAGACCCACAUCUUUUGGGCCUUGACGAACAAAUAGUUAUUAGCAAUCCAGACCCACCACCACCUGAUAAACAGCCUAGAAUACUAUUUUCUGGGAUAAACCCUAGGAAAUAUGCAAAGAGAAUCCGAGAACUAGGUGGGGCCCUGGCUGUCAAUUGGCGUGAUGCGACACACCUUGUUAUGUCUGCACCAUUUCGUACUGUAAAACUAUUAUGUUGUAUAUCUCAUUGUCAGCAUAUAGUUACGAUACAGUGGCUCGUUGAUUGCUUUACGAAGAACACGUUCGUAGAUGAGAAUCCUUAUGUACUCGGCAGCCUUGAAUUUGAGAAAAAUUUCAGCUGCAACAUUGAGAAAGCCCUUGCCAGCCCCAACAGAGGAACUGUACUUAAGGGUAGGAUAUUUUAUGUAACACCUAGUGUUAUACCGUCUCCAUCGGCAUUCGCUGAAAUAAUUGAAAGUGCCGGUGGCACAAUAGAAAAAACGAGACGAUCUCUGAGCCAAAUACAAGAGUUGAAUGCGACCAGACUGACUUACAUUAUUGUGACUCAUGAAAACGACCUCCAUCUGCUUGCUGAUGUUUUACAUGCUAAUAUCAGUGUGUUCAGUGCUGGAAUUGUUUUUGAAGCCGUGGCGCGGCAGUGUUUUCAGCCAGAUGUAAGCCAAAUAUGAUGGGACCAGCCAAAACAACUGUAUUGACUCCCUCACUGCCAAAUUAUGAAGUCAGUG